AUGGAGCAAGAUCGAUGCAUUCCCAAAUUAGUGGAGUUUUUCUCCUACACGGAAGAUGUGUUGACCACGAUAUUGGCAUCAAUCUCAGUUUUGUUUUGCUUGUUAACCAUAUUAAUAGUAUCGGUUUUUAUUUCAUUUUGGGAAACACCAAUUGCCAAAGCCAAUAACAGGAACCUUAGCUUUAUUCUCCUUGUCUCCAUCAUGCUGAGCUUCCUCUGUGUGUUUUUAUUCCUUGGACGUCCUGUGAAUAUAACCUGCAUUCUCCGCCAAAUAUCUUUUGCAAUCAUCUUCUCGGUAGCCGUGUCAACUGUAUUGGCCAAAACAAUCAUGGUUUAUAUUGCUUUCAAAGCCACCAAACCAAACAGUGUGUGGAAAAAGUGGAUUGGAGUCAAACUGUCCAAUACCAUAGUCUUGUUCUUUUCCUCUGUUCAAGUCACAAUUAGUAUAAUUUGGUUGACUAUUUCUCCCCCCUUUCAGGAGACCGACACCUAUUCUUAUAUAGGAAAGAUCAUCAUUCAGUGUAACGAAGGCUCAGUUAUUGCAUUUUACUCUGUCCUGGGUUACCUGGGGAUUCUGGCAGCUGUUAGUUUUAUUGCAGCUUAUUUAUCCAGGACAUUGCCGGACAGCUUUAAUGAGGCCAAGUACAUCACUUUCAGCAUGCUGGUGUUCUGCACUGUUUGGAUUGCGAUGAUACCAGCCUAUCUGAGCACCAAAGGGAAAUACAUGGUGGCUGUGGAGGUUUUUGCUAUAUUGGCUUCAAAUGCUGGACUCUUAGGCUGUAUAUUUUUUCCAAAAUGUUACAUAAUGAUUUUUAGGCCAGAGAUUAACACAAAAGCAUAUUUGCUUAAUAGAUUAUGA